UUUCGCUCUCCCGCCGCCGCCAGCAAAAACUCCCGCCAAUUUGAAGAGAAAGGAACUCCUAACUCUCUCUCUCUCUCUCUCUCUCUCUCUAGAUCUUAAAGGACGGGAGAAGGAAACUCUUCCUGAAGAUAAAGCAUGGCCGAAAUCAGAAUCGUAAAAGUUGACAGUUCUAAUGAGGAAUCCGGAGUCACUGCAGAGAUUAUGGACAGUAUGGAGGAUUCAUUCACACUUAAAUCCUCGUCUCUGGAGGAAAUUGCAACUUCAGAAAUUAACAGGCCGAAGACUUUGAUAUCAGAUUCUAAAAUCGAAGGGCAGAAAUCUUUAGAUUCAGUUUCCUUCACGUCUCCUAUUGUUGAAGAAGCUAAUGGUGUGAAGCUCAUUAAUGGAGAUGGAGAAUUAUAUCCUUUAACCCCCUCCCCAGAUAGCGAGGCUGUGGAAAUUUCAUCAGCUUCUGAUCAAACUGAUGAUCUGGAAAUUCUAACUGAUUGUGAAACUCCAACUGGAAACCUUUUCAAUCCAUUUGCUCCUGGUCCUGAAGAAUUGGUACUUGCUCCUCUAAAGAAAAUGCAGCGGGAAUUUAAGAUCCCUACUCGCCGGCAGUUAAAUUUUGAUACUUGCUGUGAUUUUGAGGAAAAGGUUGUUCCUGCUAUCGCAGAUGAGGAAGACUGUAUCUUGGAAUCAGUAUGUAAAUCAUUUAUUGAAUUGAUUGUUUCAAACCAGCUCAAAGAGAUAUGCAAUGAAGACUUGGUUGAAGAAGAAGAAGAAGAAGAAGACAGAGAAGAAGAUAAUUUAUCUGAUGAUACAUUUGAAGGCUUUAAGACUCCGACUUCUGUGCCUCUGUUAACGGGUAUUGCAGAGACUUGCCCAGAUGCUCCUAUGAGGCCCAGCUCCAAAACAAGGAAGUUUGAUCAAACUGUUUGCCGAAAGCUUGAUUUUGGGAGCCAGUUGAUUUGAGAUCGCUGUUAGAAAGAAGAGGAUGGUUGUCUAAUUGAAUUUAUCUUAGGUAGGUUGUAAAGAAGUGUCUUACUUUUCAAGCAGUGGAUUCUCAGGUUGAUGGUGUCAACUUAAUUGGCUAUCUCUGAACAUCUGAGGAAGGCAUCUGAGGUUCAAAUGAGCUGUUUUGGUGUUACCCAACAAAAAAUCCAUCAGAAUUUUUAAUCUAGCAUCCUGUUGUAAGGUUAACUCUUACAUUAGCAUGCGAGUCCUGUUAAUAGAAUUAGUCCUGCUGAUCUGUUGCAGUCGAUAUCAGCAUUGUGCAACAUGUAGAUUAAAUUAUACAUGUCUUUUGGAAACAUCUAAUGUUAUGACUGUUCCCAGUCUUUCUUAAUAUAUUGUCAUAUUUAUGUUUUC